GGACCUCUCGCUGUUGUCGCCGUUCUCUUUGGAUCUGCUUCUCCACGGCUGGCAGCCAAAUGUGUAUGGGGUCCGCAAAACUGCUGCCCUGCGCUUCCUGGUGCUGCCGCGAGCGGCGCAGCUCGCGGUGCUGGCUCGGCGGACAAGCCCGGUGUACAAGUAUACCCUCACACCGAAGGCCGCUGCAAACACCUGCUCUGUGCUCUCGGCAUGUCUUUGCAGUUUCUACGGGUUGCAGGUGCGCGGACGUUUGCAUUCCGCCGAAGAAUGGCCAGUCGACGCACUUUACGACUCCGGCUCCGACACGGAAAGCAGUGACACG